AUGGCUGAGUCCAACCCCCUGCGGGGGUUCCCACGUCUGCGCCGGGCCGCGACAUCGUUUCCAGGAAACCUUCAUUUGGUCCUGGUGCUCCACCCCAGCAGUCUGUUAGGCUCGGCCCCCAGUCCAUCUUCAAGCACCGACCUGGGAUUUCGUUUCAGCCAGGACGACUUCCGGCCGAAGAUGCCGGUAGUGAUGCUGCGUUCAGUCGGAGAACUUCUGCGUUACAUCGAUGACAACCACCUGACGUCAGACUUCACUGCAAAAGUUGAAUACUGCACCAGCGACUGGAUCGUCCUUUCCACUUCCAUCGAGACCUUUGCGGUGACGGUGAAGGAGAUCGCACAGCUCCUGCAGGGUUUCGGCUCCGAGCUUUCUGAGAUUGAACUCCCCGACGAAGGCAACGCCAUCGAGUUCCUGCUGCACUCACACACUCACAGAUACAGACAGAUGAAGGACGACAUCCGGAGUGUGCUGAAGGAAGGACGUCUGCUGCUGUCCAACCUGGUGACGGUCAAGGCCUCAAAGAGAGACGUGGAGGAGCAGAGGGAGGUCCAGGUGGACGUGGAGACAGUCCAGAGACUCCUGACUCAGCUCAGAGACAUGGAGGAAGCCUUCGACGGCUUCUUUGAGAAACACCACCUGAAGCUGCAGCAGUUCCUGCAGCUGCUCCAGUAUGAGACCAGUUUCCAGCAGAUGGACGAAGCCCUGGAGCGAGUCGCGGCUCAGGAGAAGGGCAUUCCCUCAGUAGGAACCACGCUGGUGCAGACGGAACAGUUUCUGAAAGACCUGGAGAUCUUGGACAAACAAGCAGAGGAGGAGAUGGCUCGAGCUCAGGUGGUGAUCCUGCACGGCCACCAGCUGGCCACCAACCAUCACUACGCCCUGGCGCUCAUCAUCCAGCACUGCAACGAGCUGCGGCACCACUGUGAUAUAAUCACCAACGCCAUACGCACCAAACGGGCCUCGCUCAAUCGAGCACGAGACCUGCUGCAACGUCUGGAAAACGCCCUGAGGUGGUGUGAUGAGGGAGCUUAUCUUCUAGCGAGUCAGAUGGUGGACAAGUUCCAAACCAAAGAAGGAGCCCAGGAGGCGCUGCACUAUCUGAGCUGUCACCAGGAGAGGGCGCCAUCCGCACUGAAAAACAGCCAGGACACUCUGAGUCUGAGUCUGGAGUUUGAGGCCAUUCUUACUCCGCAGCUGCAGUCACAAAUCUCCAUGGUUACAGAGAAGCUAAACUCCAUGCAGUCCAUGAUCAGAAACAGGGAUCAGUGUCUGAGGAAACUGGCAGAGAUGCAGGUCAGACCCAUCCAACCUGUGGCUCCCAGACCAGAACCGGACCAGACGUCACAGCGUUGCAAGACUCUCCUCUUCUCCCCCAAACAUGUCGUCGACUUGAACGUCCUGAACUCCAAGUUUUCCUUUGACCUCCUUCCUGGUAAAAAGGCUGCGAGGAGGAACAACGGUCAACGCAAGAUUGAGGUGAUGCACGAUUACCAUGGCAACCGCAGCUGUCUGUACGGAUCCAACACUGAAACCGAUUCAGAGGUGGAAGACAAUCCAGAGCAGGUCACGCGACACAUAAUAAAGGAGCUGAUCGCCACAGAGAGGAUUUACGUGGAUGAGCUUCUUUCUGUCCUCCUGGGCUACAGGGCAGAAAUGGAAGACCCGUCCAUGUCUUACCUCCUUCCCUCAGCUCUGUGCAGUCAGAAAGACCUUCUGUUUGGCAACAUGCCUGAGAUUUACCAGUUUCACAGCAGGACCUUCCUUCAGGACCUACAGAGAUGUCUGGAGACACCAGAGAGGGUCGGGGCCUGCUUUCUGCAGCGGAAGGAGAAGUUCCAGGUGUACGAGCGUUACUGCCAGAACAAGCCGCGCUCGGACGCUCUGUGGAGACAGUGCUCAGAUUCACACUUUUUUCAGGAGUGCCAGAAGAAGCUGGACCACAAGCUGGGUCUGGACAGUUACCUUCUGAAACCUGUCCAACGUCUCACCAAGUACCAGCUGCUCCUCAAGGAGCUCCUGAAGCACUGCACUGAGCUGCGAUACCGCUGUGAACUGCAGGAGGCGCUAGAUUCCAUGCUGGAGUUGUUAAAAUCUGUCAACGACUCCAUGCAUCAGAUAUCCAUCAUUGGAUACCAGGGUGACCUCAGCCAGCUGGGCCGCGUGGUGAUGCAGGGCAGCUGCAGCGUCUGGAUCAGCCACAAGAGGGCAGCGGUGCGCAUGAAGGAGCUGGCCAGAUUCAAACCCAUGCAGCGACACCUCUUCCUCUACGACCACGCGCUGCUCUUCUGCAAACGCAGGGACGAGGACAACCACGAGAGGACGCCGUUCUACAGCUUCAAAUCCUGCCUCAGAAUGAGUGCAGUUGGAAUCACAGAAAAUGUGAAAGGAGACGUGAAGAAAUUUGAAAUCUGGUACAGCGGCAGAGAGGAAGUUUACAUCAUCCAGGCUCCCACGGUGGAGGUCAAAGGUGCCUGGCUCGCAGAGAUUCGAAAGAUUCUCACCAACCGGCUGAAACUGGGUCAGGAUCUCUAUGAUGACACUCGUCCACGUUCAGGCUACUCUGCUCCCGACAGUGCCUCAGAGGUGUGUGUGUCGUGGGGCGCAGCACCGGUUGGAGGCUGCUCAGCGUGUCUCCCUGUUCCUCACAGCUCGACCUCCACGAGCCACAGCCACAGAGCCCGGGACGAGGAGUCGGAGCACAGCAGUCCGGUCCACACGGAGCCUGUGGUUCAGUCGCCAAGACGCACUGGGCCCGCCCCUGCACACUCGGUGGCAAUCUGUGAAGGCCUUGAGGACUGGGGAGCCACUGACCUCUCCAACCUAUCAGACUCAGACGAGGAGGAGGAAGAGGACGUGGAGGAGGAGGAGGAGGAUCAGCCUGCUCCACUGGUGGCCGGCAGAUACAGGGUAAUGGUCGAGAGCAGCAUGGCCAGCGCUGAUGACAUCAUCUUCAACUCUGGUGAUGUCAUCCAGCUGCUCUAUGAAGACUCAUCAGGAAUGUGGAUGGUAAAGAAUAUAAGUCGUGGCGAAGAGGGGCGUGUUCUGCCUGAGGACCUGCAGAGGAUUCUGGGAGAGACGUGCUGA